UCAGAGGUGUUGUGAACAAUGGCGACGUUUCGAUUAAAGUGACAUCCUCUACUGGGCAAAUGUGUUUUUACACUUUAACGAUAACAUUCUUUUCUAGAUAUUAAUUACGCCAUUUAAGCAUUAGCUUUGAAGAUCCUGCGGUUCAUGAUGGCAUUAAACGCUAACGCACUGUCCAGUGACAUAAGUCGUAGAAAUCCGCAGGACGAGUACGAGCUCAUCCAACGAAUAGGCAGUGGAACUUAUGGAGAUGUUUAUAAGGCUAAAAGGUUAUCUAUGAACGACCUUGCCGCCAUCAAGGUUAUCAAAUUAGAACCAGGUGAUGAUUUCGCUAUUAUCCAGCAAGAAAUCUUGAUGAUGAAAGAUUGUAGGCAUCCCAAUAUCAUAGCAUAUUAUGGCAGCUACUUGAGAAGGGACAAAUUGUGGAUAUGUAUGGAAUACUGCGGGGGUGGAUCAUUGCAAGAUAUUUAUCACAUAACUGGACCAUUAUCCGAGAUACAGAUAGCGUAUAUGUGUAGAGAGACUCUUAUGGGAUUAGCUUAUUUGCAUACUAUGGGAAAAAUGCAUCGCGAUAUUAAGGGUGCCAAUAUAUUAUUGACCGAGGCAGGAGAUGUCAAAUUAGCUGAUUUUGGUGUGUCAGCUCAAAUUACUGCAACGAUAAAUAAAAGGAAAAGUUUUAUUGGUACACCUUAUUGGAUGGCACCAGAGGUUGCAGCAGUAGAGAGAAAGGGUGGGUACAAUCAGUUAUGUGAUAUUUGGGCAUGCGGUAUAACUGCAAUAGAAUUAGCAGAGUUGCAACCUCCCAUGUUCGAUUUACAUCCAAUGAGAGCUUUAUUCUUGAUGUCCAAAUCUGGUUUCAAACCUCCGACAUUAAAAGAUCGUGACAAAUGGAGUCCAACAUUUCAUAAUUUUGUUAAAGUUGCUUUAACUAAAAACCCUAAAAAGAGACCAACUGCAGAAAAAUUAUUGCAGCAUGCAUUUUUUCAAGGAGAAAUGAAUAAACGAUUGGCUUUGGAAUUACUACAAAAGGUAUCGAAUCCUAGUCAUAUGUUCACUGAUUUAGAAGCUGACGAAGAUGGAGCAGUACCUAAUGUACCACAAAGAAUUGCUUCGAGGCAUACAGCAAGACCAAGGCCAAAAAGCCCCAUAUCGCAAUUAGAUAGUGAUGAUCUAAUUAACCUGGAUGGCAACACAUUACAAAGAGAUUCUAUAACUCCUUCAGUUGAUACUAAUCCGGCGUGGGAUAUUAUGGACAUUAUGAAUAACGUAAAGGCUGUACAUAACUGUGAUGUUCAUCCAGACUGUGGAAUUGGCACUGCGUUUGAAGAUGUACAAGAAAAUUUUUCACAUACAUCUGCUAAUCUUCACGAGAGUCUAUUGCAGUACAUUGAUGAGGAGUUGUUGCUAAGGGGAAAUGCAAUGUCGAUGGUUGGUGGGCAUUGCGAUCAGCUAUACUCCCUGCAGGCCACGCUUCCUCUUGGAGAGUCUUCGAACGAGUGUGAGGUACAUUGCGGAUAUUACAAUAAUGUAUCUGGGUCUCAAGCAAGUCCUAGACGUCACAGUUCUGUAGAUGAAUUAUUUGGUCUGGUGAACAGUUCCCAUUCUUUAACAGCUGUAAAUGGACAACGUCAAAGAUCUCUUUCAGAUAGUGGCCCUAGAGAAGAAUCCCCACAAUCUAAUGGAGAUAAUGAAAUAUCAAGAGACGGAGAAAGAGAAAAUAUUAGUCCAGAUCUCCUAUCGGAUACACCACCUGUACCACCGAGAAGGAGGGACAGAAAAAGGCAUACACCACCAAGACCCAUAAGUAAUGGGUUGCCUCCAACUCCUAAGGUUCAUAUGGGAGCAUGUUUUUCAAAGGUAUUUAAUGGUUGUCCUUUGAGAAUACAUUGUACUGCUAGUUGGAUACAUCCCGACACAAGAGACCAACACUUACUUAUCGCUGCAGAGGAAGGGAUUUAUAAUUUAAACUUAAAUGAACUCCAUGAAACCGCAAUAGAUCAACUAUAUCCUAGACGUACAAUUUGGAUGUAUGUUAUCAAGGAUGUCCUUAUGUCCUUAUCUGGGAAAACACCUCAAUUAUACAGACAUGAUUUAUUAGCAAUGCAAAGCAAACAGACUCAUAGGUUUUCAUUGCAUAUGAACAAAAUACCAGAGAGAUUAGUACCUAGAAAAUUUGCACUCACUACUAAAGUACCAGAUACUAAAGGUUGCACUAAGUGUUGCGUUGGAAGAAAUCCGUACAAUGGAUACAAGUACCUUUGCGGAGCAAUGCCAGCUGGAAUAUUUUUGAUGCAGUGGUACGAUCCUUUAAACAAAUUUAUGCUUUUAAAGCACUUUGAUUGCGCUCUUCCGUCACCUUUAAACGUGUUUGAAAUGAUUAUUACACCUGAAAUGGAAUAUCCGAUGGUAUGUGUAUCGGUCAAGCAACCAUAUCAACAAAAUAAAUUAAAAUUGGAUUUAAUUAAUAUGAACUCUGGAGCAAGCUGGUUCCAUAGUGACGAGUUAGAAGAUAUGGAUGGCUCAGCAACUGUGAUACCAAGGAGAGAAAAUCUUCAUGUCAUUAACGUGACGCAACUCGAGAAGGAUGCAAUACUUGUAUGUUAUGAAAAUGUAGUUAAGGUUGUUACAUUACAAGGAAAACUCAGGGUAAGCAAGAAGCAGAUGUCGGAACUGCAUUUUAAUUUUCAGAUAGAAUCAAUUAUUUGUCUACCGGAUAGUGUAUUGGCAUUCCAUAAACAUGGUAUGCAAGGUAGAAGUUUUAAGAAUGGCGAAGUUACGCAGGAAAUAAGUGAUCCCAGCAGAACCUAUAGGUUACUUGGCUCUGAUAAGGUUGUAAUGUUGGAAAGUCAUUUGGUUCACACGGGAACAUUGACAGAGACUGAAGGAGCAGAUUUAUAUAUACUUGCAGGGCAUGAGGCCAGUUAUUGAGCGACAACUCUCUUACAUCUUAAUAUGUAAAUAAAAAAAACAAGCCUCUCACGUCGCAAGUGAAUGUUAAUGAUUCACCGUCGAUUACAUACGGAUGCAAUGAUUUAAUCGAAAAUAGAUUGUUGGAUAAAUUGGUAAGGUAAAAAGAUUAUAAUUAAUUUUUCCUCCUGAUUAAGAGUCAUGAGAAAGGUGACGGAUAUAGUAUAAUUACAGAAACAUGUACACCAAUUGUACAUAAUUUACUCAAUACUAUCUAUCUUUGAAUAUAGUUGAUGUUACGUAGAGACUAGUACAUUGGCCAAAACAAUUUUUAAAAAUUAAGUAUUCUUUUCAAUAAGUGUCGAUAAUUGAACGAAAUACCAAGUUAGAUUAAAAAAGCAUGUCGCAAUUUAAAAACAACAAUAAGAAAACAUAUAUAUAUAUAUGUCCAAAUGUGCCCUUUUGCCUGACAAAACAAAGCUUAUAUUAUUUAAAUGUCUUUCUUUUUGUUUUACUUUUUGUAUAUUUUUUUUCUUUAAUAGUAUUUAUAAUUAAAAAGAAUUAGUAUUUAUUUAUUUAGAGAGUAGGUACGAAUAUAGGGAUGGAAAAACAAGUGUUAGCUUAUAUUUUUCAAAAAAGAGAACAAUACUUUUUUUCAAAGAUUUUAUGAGAAUUAUAUGCAAUGUCUAUUUACAAGCAAGCUUGCCAUAUUACAAAUAAUAUUCUCUAACGUCUAAUAAUUCUUACUUAUUCGAUGUAGUUUACAAUAGCAUACACACAUACAUACACACGCGUAUAUAUAUAUAAUUAAAUAAUUUAACUAAUUAUAGAUGAAAGAAAAUACAACGAUUUAGAUACGAAAUAUUAAGUGAAUAAUAAAUGGUAUAGUUCAUCGAUUCUAAAAAAUAAAAAUAAAGUAACACAACAUAUAGUAUAUAUGUAUAUUUUUCUGGCAGGAACUAUAUAACGUUAUUUUCAAUAACACAAUAAUUAUAUAACGUUAAAAUUUUAACAUUGAAAUAAUCAUUAGUACAAACCUCUCUUUUUAUUAAAGUUUUAUUAUUAUAAAUGAAAUAAUAUAAAGCGCAAUAUCUUCUUCCCUUUUUCAGUAUAAGUUUUGACUUGGUAGGCAUAGGGCUAUUUUGAAAAUGUCUAAUUUUAUUAUACGAACAUUGGAUAAAAUCAUGUCCAAUGCUCUAUCAUUUUUUAAUAAUUACAAUAAUAACAAUGCACAUUUCAUAUAAAAAAAAUAAUUAAUGUUGAUGAAAGUAAUCAGAAAUUAUUUUAUCUUCGAAUGAUAUAUGUUCAAAUAAUUGAUCCAGUUUAUAUAUAUAUAUAUGUAUAUUUAAGUUUAAGAGAAAAUAUUCUGUUGAUAAUUAUGCAGGAUAAUAUUAUCAACAGUUUAUUAUUUAAUAUUUGCGAAUAGCCUUAAAUGCAAUGUGAUUUUAAAAAAGGAAAAAUUAAAGAUGAAAUCAAUAUUGCUCGAUAAUUAACGAUUAAUAAUAAAUGUCAGCCGGAUAUUCGAUCAGAUAAAUAUAAGUUUUAUGUUCAUAAUUAUUAUAAUGUGAUAUUAAUAAGUAUCACGCUUGAAAAUAUUUAGGAAAAGAAAAACAACUAAAUGAAUUCUCUUGUGAUUGGCUUGAAGACUGGAAGAAAUGAAGUUUCUCGUUUGUGGUAUAUUGUAUAAGAGAGGAGAGACUAUGGUCUUGCAAGAAGGAAGAGUGCUGGAUUUAAUAGAACUUCGUCAAAAGUAAAGUAAUUUGAAAACUUAUCGUUAAGCUAAUUGCAUGAAGAUUUCUUUUUCUUUUUUUUUUUUUCUCCAACCAGUUCAUGUUGACUCCGAUUUGUUCGAGAACAGUUUUUAGAAUUUGUAGAGCCUGAGUCUAGUCUACUGUCGAUUUAAAUCUAACUAAUAUAAUAUACGUAACACAUGAUAUUACAUUGUAUAAAAUCGUAGUUUAAGAAUCAUCUUAUCCAUUUCGCUUAUUUGCUGAAUUCAAAUUUAAAGAGAGAGAAAGGAAAGGAAGAUAUUUAAUUAUAGGAAGUUGCAUAGAAGAAAAAAAACACAUCAACGGAAUUUAAUUUUUAAACAAAAAACAAAUUUACAGCGAGUGUUACUUAAAAUCAUACACCAUUACGCUUACUAGAUUUUUGUUUGAAAACUAUUGGUUUACUAAGCAUAAUGGUGUACAAUUUUAAGUGACACUCACUAUAGAUCACUAUUUUAAGAUGACUAAAUUGACGACUAGACAGACUAUGGCCUCCACAAAAUAAAAAAAUAGAACAAAUAAGUUAUCAGCAUUUUAAAGGCAACUAGCACAAAGUGAAUAUGAAAAUUUAAUACGCGUAACUAUUACAAUUAAGCUAUCAACUUUAUUCAUUUUUUCAUUGUCACAAGUCAUCGGUAAUAAUUGUUUAGUUUUUUAUUUAGCAUACUUUAACCCUUUAUAACGCUAUGUUAUUUUGACGCACACUAAUGUAUCUGCUUAGUUUCACUGUAACAAAGUGUGUAUAUAUAUACUUGCAAUUAGUAUAAUAUAUUAAAAAUUAUACUAUAAGUUUUAUAUUAAAUAAAUAUUUCCUAUAGGCAUUCUCAAAAACAAAAAAUAAAUUAGAUUAUAGAGGGUUAAUUGUAUCAGGAGGUAGUUGGAAUGAAUAAAUUUAUAUUGAUCAUCAUUUAGUUUGAGCAUGGUAUAAACUGGCAUAAAUUUAAGUCAAUAUAAUAUUACGUUUUAUUUACUUUGCUUUUUUAAUUUUGAUUUUUUUAAAAUCCUAUAUCGCUUGCGCAAAUAUGAGAUUAAUAGUGGAUAACGUAACACACACAUAACAUAUACACACAUUUCCGUGAACAUAUUUAAGUGCACGUAUUAUUUAUUUUAUCUGCGUUAUAAAAAAUCGAAGAUAUCAGAUAGAUCAAACAUGGAAAAUUUUCGAAGAUCGAAUAUAUACGAUCUUUCGUCAAUAAAGUCUGGCACUUUUCCACCUCUCUACUUUAUUUUUUUUCAUUUUUUCAAUUAUUGUGUAUGCAUUAUUAAUAAUUACAAGUUAUGAUAGAAAGAGAAUGAAAGAGAGAAAGACAGGCAUACGCAAUAAUGAAUUAGUAAUUAAAAAAAAGAAGGAGGAACGUAUAUAAAAAGUAUCGUCGAAUGCGUAAAGAAGAAGAAGAUGGAGAUGGAGAAAACUUCUCUUGGAAAUGUUGAAGUAUUUCGGUAUUUUAUAUAAAAUUUUGCUCUGUACAUAGGAUAUAGAUGACUGAAGAAAGUAUUACAUAUUAUCAACAAAAUUUAUUAUUAUUAUUAUUAUUAU